AUGGAGGGGUUCGAAGGAAUCUCCGACGAGCUUAAGGCUCUAUUGUCGCAGCAUUUUCAAGUGGUCGCCACUCACUCUCAACGUCAAGACCAAUGGUACAAACGCUCUUAUCAGUCCUUCGUGGCAGAACAUGGCAACAACCGUGAACCCCUCAUUAUCGUGCCACGCGAAUCCCGGGAAGAAUGGGCUCCCCACGUCCGCCGUUUCGCCAAAACACUGGCCGCUAAAGUGGUAGCUGCGGGCGAAGCUCAGACUUCUCGGCCGAGAGAUAUUACCUCAGACUCAAAGCUUUUCUCCGACACAGUUCUCGACGCCAUUCAUACCGUACCGCUCAGUCGAGCUGUAAAGGGGAGAGAACAGCUGCGACCAGUUGCGAUGCAGAUCACGCGAUGGACAUCAACGAACUCAUAUGUAUUCAGCGGCACUGAACGGAUCACGGGCAUCAAGGGACUCAUCGCAAUCGGAGAAGUGGAUGUACUGUUACGAUUGGCAACGCUGCCGCAAACGAAUCCACCUAAAGAACGUGAGAUAGAUCCAUCGCGGUGGAGACAUCUGAACGGAGAGUGGCAGAAUGCCAUCGAUGCUAUCCUUUCCAUUCUGUGGUUUCUCGGAGCCAUGGAAUCCUUUCGUGAAGACUUCGUCUCUGAAGAUGGUUAUAAGUACUGGGUCCCUAUAGCAUUCCGCAGCUACCUUUCGCGCUUCCAGUCGUACAUCGAAGCCCAUGACGGCAAAUUACCAAGCACGAAUGAGGCAAUCCAGAAAGAGAUAUCUCAAUGCAUCAAAGCCUUAGUUGCGACACAAGUAUUCUCUUCCAAGGCUGCUUUCGACCCCAUCCAGUGGGAAGACCGCAUCAUGGAUAGUUUCUUGUACAUUCUUGGAUUUGAGGCCUGGAAUCGAAGCAGAGAGGGGGCUGGCUAUCUGAACUGCGAUCUCAAUGUCACCAAGACUGCUAAGUCGCUUCGCAGUAUCAGUCUUGGGGACGGCGAUAACAAUAUUGUGGAGGAGAUGGCUAAUGUCAAAAAGGGGGCAAGUGCAAAGCCAAGGGACCCCCUCAAGCUGAGAGAACCAAAGAAGGAGAUGGCCCCUGAGGUGGAUGAGGAUGAGGAACAGGAAAUAGAGAAGUUGGCCGUCCUAGAGACUAAUGAAAAGGACUAUGGACGGAAGAGAAGUAUGAAGUACUUCACGAAGCAUAAGGACAGGUCCAUAGGAUAA